CCGAGUUACUGCUGGCCCAUGCGACACUGGUUCAUCACACUGGCGGCUCCAAGGCUUAGCACGUCGAACCAUCUACUCCCCCGCAUGAUUAUCUCUCGAUAGUUGGCUAACCCCGGAAUUGUCUUGUUCCCCAUGGGGAAACGCGAUCAGUCGAAGCCUUGUCUACUGGCAGCCAUCUUUUCUUUAUGGCUGUCCGCUCCUUACUCAUAAAAGGCCCUCGACCCGUCCCAAGAUAAGCGAGACACUUCUAUACACGGGCAACUAUCCAACACUGCUUCAUCAAUCGCCGACUUUUACAAUGACUCUCAGCGUCGAGUCAAUUCGGGGCACAGCCGACGUGUCCAAGAUCGAGGCCCCCAUCACCUGGAAGGCGUAUCUAUGCUGUGUCUCGGCUGCCUUUGGCGGCAUAUUCUUUGGCUAUGAUAUUGGCUGGAUGGGUGGUGUACUUGGCAUGCCCUACUUCAUCCAGCAGUACACUGGAAUUGAAUAUGACUUUGCCGCUGGAGCCCCUGUCGAUAGCUCGCGCCCUUUCGCCAUCCCGUCUUCCGACAAGUCGCUCAUGACCUCGAUUCUCUCGCUGGGAACCUUUCUCGGUGCCAUCGUUGCUGGCGACCUCGCCGACAUGCUGGGCCGUCGUAUCACCAUUCUUAUGGGCUGUGGCAUAUUCUCGGUCGGUGUGAUCCUCCAGAUUGCCAGCAGCGGUCAAUUGGCCGUCAUGGUUCUCGGACGGCUUGUCGCUGGACUGGGUGUUGGCUUCGAAUCAGCUGUUAUUAUUUUGUACAUGUCUGAAGUAUCACCUAAGAAGAUCCGUGGUGCUGUUGUCUCUGCAUAUCAAUUCUGCAUCACUAUUGGGCUCCUCUUGGCAAACUGCGUUGUCUAUGGAACUCAGAAUAUGAGCAGCACCGCAUCUUACCGCAUUCCUAUAGGCCUCCAGUUCCUUUGGGCCAUCAGUCUAGCCGUUGCUCUCUUUAUUCUUCCCGAAUCACCACGAUAUUUUGUCAAGAAGGGUGAUAUUCAGAAAGCGACCGAGUCUCUCUCCUACAUUCGAGGACAGCCUCCCACCUCCGAGUACAUCCAGGACGAACUCGCGGAAAUCAUCGCGAACCAUGAAUACGAACGGACCGUGACCCCUCACACUGGCUAUGUCAACUCGUGGAUCGUCUGCUUCAAGGGUCCCAUCACCAGCCCCAGCUCCAACAUCCGAAGGACAAUCGUAGGGGCUGGAAUUCAGGGAAUGCAGCAACUAUCAGGCAUGAACUUCAUAUUUUAUUAUGGCACAACAUUCUUCCAGCAACUGGGAACCAUCUCCAACCCGUUUCUCAUAUCGCUUAUCACAACUCUGGUCAACGUCUUCUCCACUCCUCUUGCUUUCUGGACCAUUGAGCGAUUCGGACGCCGACCACUGCUCAUUUAUGGUGGCCUUGCCAUGUUCUGCAUGCAGUACAUCAUUGGUGCUGUCGGAACUGCCAUGCCCAAUGAUGAAACAGCUGUCAAGGGCAUGAUCGCUGUCAUCUGCUUCCAAAUCUUCUUCUUUGCCACCACCUGGGGACCUGCUGCGUGGGUUGUUGUAGGAGAAGCGUUUUCUCUUCCGAUCCGCUCCCGUGGCAUCGCCAUUUCGACGGCUUCGUGCUGGUUCUGGAACUGUGUGCUUGCAGUCAUCUCUCCUUACAUGACUGGAGAUGAGAAAGGUGCGGUUAACCUCGGGCCUAAAGUUUUCUUCUUCUGGGGAGCACUCUGCUUUCUGGGUGCUGUUUUUGCUUACUUUCUUGUUCCUGAGAUGAAAGGGCUCUCCCUCGAACAGGUCGACCGCAUGCUUAUGGAUACGAGCCCGCGCAAGAGCGCCAAAUGGGUUCCUACUACUACCUUUGCUCAAGAGAUGGGACAUACCGAGGAGAAAGGUGGCGUAAUUCAUGCUGAGGGCAACCAGGUCUAAAGCUAGACUACAGUGAUACCCUCAAUUGAUUCAUGUCACGAUUGUGGAAGUUUUGCAGACUGGCACAAGUGGAAGCAGUUUUAGUUAGUGGCUUAUUGGGUUAAAGUUUAGUUACUACGACAAGCGGUUCAAUCAAA